AUGGCACACUUACCAGUCACGGUGCUUUCAUUCCGCUUUCCCUCUACGCGGACGGACGUGAAAGACGGAGGCAUAGGUCACGUGGACCCAGACAACCUCGAUGGUCGGGUGGCUGUGGUCACUGGCGGCGCUUUGGGCAUCGGAUACGAGAUCAGUCGAGCGCUCGCUCUGGCAGGUGUCAAGGUCAUCAUGGUGAACCGCAAGGAAGAGCAAGGAUCCAAAGCCAUCUCAGACAACAAGAAAGAAAAAGAGGACGCACAAGUCGAGCGGAAGGAAGCAAUGCAACUUAGGCAGCCUCAAGGAGGUGAAGGAGGCUUUCUCCGACCUGCGCUCCUCGCUGGACCGUCUCGACUUCCUCAUUCUGUCCGCCGGCAUCAACACCAAUUUUAUAGCGAGGACGCGGACGGCAUCGACCGGCACUUCGGCGUCAAUUACCUCGGCCACUACUACAUGGACACGAGCCCGAAGCCUAGGGUCGUGUUUCUGUCUAGCGAGAUGCAUAGGUUUGCGCCGCCAAACGUGAAUUUUGGCAGCUUGGAGGAGAUCAACGACAAGUAUAUGGACGGUACACGGUUGUAUGCGCGGACGAAGCUUGCCAUGAUCCUGUGCGCCAAGUUUGGGCUGAGAGAUCGGGUCAUCAAGCCGAACGGUGAUAAGAUCUAUGCGCUCGCCGUGCAUCCCGGCGCUGUCAACACAGCGAUGCAGCAGCAGUGGAAAGACGCAUACCCUGGCAUCACUGGCAAACUCCUCUCGAAUGCGAUGCUCUUCGCUGGGCGGGAUGUUGAGCAAGGUUCAUUCAGCGCGCUAUGGGCUGCGACGAGCCCCGAGAUUGAGGAGAAGGACAUGAAUGGCUGGUACUUCAAUGACCCGGGCCAACCCGGUAAGGAGACCUCUCAAGCUUCCGACCCGGCGCUUGGGGCUGCUUUGUGGGAUCUGAGCGAGCGCCUCGUGAAGGGCAAGCUGGGUGAGGAUGCUCUCCUUGACUGGAAUAAGGAGGAGUAAAAUCCGACGGUGGUUCAUCAGGAGCACUCCGGCACUGAAGCUCUCUAGAGAACGUUAACCAGGUACCAACUUGCUGGCUUCUCUGGUUUAAUAUUAUGAGGUCUCCAGUCUUUCCUCUACUAGGCUCAGCAAAGGAAAGGCAUAUGCGAAUGGAGAAUUAGGUAUAAUACCAUAUUACGUCCGCC